AUGUUAAUCAAUAAAUUUCGCGUUGCAAUAAGAGAGGAAGAAGAAAAACAAAAAGAAGAAAGAGAAGAAAAAAAAAAAGGGGGUUAUGAAUAUUUUGAAUACGAUCAAAAAGGACUACCAGAAUGUGAACAUGGACCAACGGUUGUAUUUGGAAAAUAUGUUAACAAUUUCUUGGAACGAUUUUAUGUUUGUUCAGCAUGUCGUGAUAGAAAAGAAUGCCCAUUUUAUUUAAAAUUUGGAGACCAAUUAACUAAACAUCAAAAAAUUGUAUGGGAAACAAAGAAAAAGAAAAUGAUUAAAAGUUACGAUCAUCAGAAAUUGUUUAUACAUUUUAAUAUGGCGUUAGCUACCAGUCCAGAAAAUCGAUCCUAUUGCCAUAGUUGCGAGAGAUUAGUUCUUAUUCAUGAAAGAGACAAGCAUAGUGAUCAUACAAUGACUGUAGGUUUGACUGAUCAUCAAAUGUAUCGUCCAACGGAAUUGCUUAAACCUUUGGAAAAUUCCAAAAAAGAGGCUCAAUAUUUAUUUUCUCACAAAUCUGUUCAAGAUAUCGUAACGAUGUUAUUAGAAUUAAAAGCUAAACAAGUUCUUUGCAUCGGUGCUCCUAGAAUACAUGAGUACAUUUCUCAAAUCUUCAGUGACCAAAUAUGGUCUUUACUUCUUGAUAUCGAUGGAAGAUUUCAUAAUUUUUUUAGUCCAAUGAAUUAUGCAUGGUACAAUUUAUUUAAUCAUUAUUUUUUCAACGACGAUGGUAAACUUCUAUUAAAAGAUUUCCUUACUCAAAACAAUGGUAAAAAUUUAUACUUAAUAUGUGAUCCGCCAUUUGGUGGUCGCGUAGAACUCAUAUCCCAAACCAUAAGGAAGAUUUCUAAUUUGCAUAAACAGUUAAAUAAAAUUGAAAACGACGAUGACAAUUUAAAGAUUAUAUUUAUAUUUCCAUAUUUUAUGGAACGAAUUAUAAGAGUAAAAUCCAAUCCACCUAAUGUUACUGGCGGUUUGAGAGAAUUACAAAUGUCAGAUUAUAAAGUAGAUUAUGAUAAUCAUCUACUUUUUAAAACGGAUUGUAAUGGAAGACAAUAUGGAUCACCGAUUAGAAUAUUCACUAAUAUACCUUUGAAUUUACUAAAACUUCCUGAAUCAGAUGGUUAUAAAUAUUGCAACAUAUGUCAGAAAUGGGUUUCCAAAGAAAAUAAACACUGUAAGAUAUGUAAAAAAUGUACUUCCAAAGAUGGAAGAACGUACAUACAUUGCAAUAAAUGUAAUCGUUGCGUUAAACCAUCUUGGAGACAUUGCUACACUUGUCAAAGAUGUCUUUUAGAGGAUCAUGAAUGCAAUAAAAAACUGAUAAUUUCAGGACGUUGUUUCAAAUGUAACAAAUUAGGUCAUACAGAAAACAAUUGUGAAACUAGUAACGAAGUUAAAAAGAGAAAGAAGAAUGCAAAUUCAAUUAGUGAAGAAUCAAUAAACAAAAAUAUUGGUGAUAUCAAUAAAAAAAAUUCAAUAAAACGACAGAAAUUAAUUAAUCGUAAAUUUAAAUCUCCGUUUAUAACGAAAUUUAAUAAAAAUCAAAUAUUAGGGAAAAAGAUCAAGUUAUCUCAAACAACGAAUAAGAAACGAAGAAAAGCCAAAACAAAGUUAAUAAAUAAAAUGAAGGUCGAAGAUAUUAGUAGUACUUGAUAUACAUUCUGAU